GAGAAAUGUAUCAUCAAGACUUGGGUGGGUUUUGCAGAGAUGGGUGUGAGCUCAAACAGAGUGGAGGACUUCUCAAGCCAUCAUGAGACAAGUGUUAGGAUGUCACCAGCAUCAGCAGAGGCAGUAAUGGUUGUGGCAAUGCCACCAGUGGAGAUACACAGAGUUUGCUUACCACCAAGCAAAACCACCUUUCAGAAACUCAGACAGAGGCUCUCUGAGAUUUUCUUCCCAGAUGACCCUCUCCACAGGUUCAAGAACCAGUCUUCCUUUACAAAACUGGUUCUGGCCCUCCAGUUCUUCUUUCCCAUCUUCCACUGGGCACCCACUUACAGUUUAGCUCUUUUGAGGUCUGAUAUCAUCUCUGGUCUCACCAUUGCAAGCCUUGCAAUCCCACAAGGAAUUAGUUAUGCAAAGCUUGCAAAUUUGCCGCCCAUUAUUGGACUAUAUUCAAGCUUUGUGCCCCCAUUGAUAUAUUCUAUUCUUGGGAGCUCUAGGCAUCUUGCUGUCGGUCCAGUCUCGAUAGCAUCACUGGUCAUGGGCACGAUGCUAAAUAACGCGGUUUCUUGCAGUGCAGAUCCAAUUCUGUAUCUCAAAUUGGCUUUCACUGCAACCUUCUUCGCUGGUUUGUUUCAGGCUGCUUUGGGUCUACUGAGGUUGGGGUUUAUAAUUGAUUUCCUCUCAAAGGCAACUCUAGUUGGGUUCAUGGCUGGUGCAGCAGUCAUAGUAUCUCUGCAACAACUGAAAGGGUUGCUCGGGAUCGCCCAUUUCACUACCAAGAUGCAAAUUGUCCCUGUUUUAACUUCUGUUUUCCAGCAGAGACAUGAGUGGUCCUGGCAAACCAUCGUAAUGGGAUUCGGCUUCCUAGCCUUUCUAUUGAUUACAAGGCAAAUUAGCAUGAGAAGGCCAAAACUUUUCUGGGUUUCAGCAGCUGCCCCACUGACAUCAGUUAUUCUCUCAACCCUUCUAGUCUUUCUCCUCAAGUCGAAACUUCAUGGGAUCUCAAUUAUUGGUCACUUACCAAAGGGUCUGAAUCCACCUUCAUCAAAUAUGCUAUACUUCCAUGGCUCUUAUCUUGCAGUUGCUAUCAAAACUGGCAUUAUAACUGGAAUCCUAUCUCUCACUGAAGGAAUAGCAGUGGGAAGGACAUUUGCUGCUCUGAGAAAUUACCAAGUUGAUGGCAACAAAGAAAUGAUGGCCAUUGGUUUCAUGAACAUGGCUGGUUCUUGUUCUUCAUGCUAUGUAACCACAGGAUCAUUUUCCCGAUCUGCUGUGAACUACAAUGCUGGAGCACAAACAGCAGUCUCAAACAUAAUAAUGGCAUCAACGGUGCUUGUGACUCUGUUGUUUCUCAUGCCACUGUUUCACUACACUCCCAAUUUCAUAUUGGCUGCCAUUAUCAUAACCGCUGUGAUUGGGCUUAUUGAUUAUGAGGCUGCAUAUAAAUUGUGGAAAGUCGACAAGCUUGAUUGCUUUGCUUGUUUGUGUUCCUUCUUUGGUGUGCUCUUCAUUUCAGUUCCCCUGGGUCUUGCUAUUGCGGUUGGAGUAUCAGUAUUCAAGGUUCUCUUGCAUGUCACGAGGCCAAACACUAUGGUAUUAGGGAAUAUCCCAGGAACUCAAAUAUAUCAAAAUCCCAGCCGAUACAGAGAAGCAAUGAAGGUUCCUUCAUUUCUUAUACUUGCUGUGGAGUCUCCCAUCUACUUUGCAAAUUCCACUUACAUACAAGAAAGGAUACUAAGAUGGGUCCGUGAGGAAGAAGAGCAGAUACAAGCAAACAAUGGGAAUGCGCUGAAAUGUGUAAUUUUAGACAUGACAGCUGUGACAGCAAUAGACACAAGUGGUAUUGACGUGAUAUGUGAACUCCGAAAGAUGCUGGAGAAAAGAUCACUUCAGUUUGUGUUGGCAAAUCCCGCUGGAAAUGUGAUGGAAAAGCUACAUCAGUCAAAAAUAUUGGAUUCCUUUGGGUUGAAUGGACUCUACCUGGCAGUUGGAGAAGCCGUGGCCGACAUCUCCUCACUGUGGAAGGCUCAACCAUGAGUUCCAAAAGAAACUCAACAUCACAAUGACAAAAAGAAUACAGUUAUGGUUAAAGAACUAAUCAAAUAAAGUUACGGUAAAAGAAACAUAGUUAUGUUAGCAUCUCACACCUUCAAAAUCUGUGUAGAUUUCAGAUGAGAGUUCUUUUGUUCCUUUUUGGCGAAAAAAGUGUAAUCUAGUAAGAAUUUUUUCUACUUACCGUUGCUAAAAGCUAUGUCCAUACCCUCUUCUCAAAGGAGCUUGUACUACCCUGCGCCUAACCAAGUUAGUGUCUUGGGAGUCCCGGUUUCAUCUAUAUUGCUGUUUUGCUACUAGAAUAAGAAGAAAAAGGCUUGGCA